GGCGCUGGAUGGCGUGAAUCUACAAGCGGUCUGACUCAUGAUUAUUAGCUAGCCAAGUUCAACCCACGAUCGCAACAGAGAACCAGCUGAAGGGACAGUAUGCGGUGAUAAUGGUGGACAUUGACGUCCCGACCAACCAGCCGCCGAAGACGGGCACUCUCCUCCACUGGAUGCAGACGGGCCUGAUGUCGUCCGACGCGCCCGUGACGCUCAACACGACUGCCGGGCCGAAGAGGGUCUACAUCUUGCAGAACAAGAUGAACGCGGCGGCUCUCGCGCCGUACAUCGGCCCCAACCCGCCGGCGAGGGAGCCCCUCAGCCACAGGUACACCUUCGUCGCUGUCGACCACACCACGAUCACGCAGCAGGGCCUCAUGGCCCUCUCGGGCGCCGCCCAGAAUCGCCGCGACUUCAACGUCAUGAACGGCCUCAUGGCCGCCGGGCUCCAGGACAAGGUCGUUGCCGGCAACUUCUUCCGCGUCGCUAACCCCGGGCCCGUUGGUGCCGGACAGGGUAUGCCCUCAGGAGGCGCCAAGAGUAACAGCACCAUGCCCAUGCAGCCGAUGCCGAAGCCCACAUCUUCUGGCACUCCCACGAUGCCCGGUAUGCCCGGUAUGCCCGGCAUGCCCAGCAUGAGCAUGCCCCCCGGGAUGAGCAUGCCUCCAGGAAUGAGCAUGCCCCCCGGAAUGAGCAUGCCUCCAGGAAUGAGCAUGACCUCGGGGAUGAGCAUGCCCCCCGGAAUGACGAUGGCUCCGGGAAUGUCAAUGCCUCCGGGAAUGUCAAUGUCCAUGCCCGGCACCACCGCGCCGUCAUCGGGAAGCGCUCAGCCGUCGGGUCCCGCUCGCGCAGGUGCUCUCAGCCUCGGCUCGCGUCUCGGCCUUGUAUCCGUAGGUUUGUGUCUGGUUGGCUCGCUGGUUAUUUUGUUGUAAAUUAUGCUCUGUAUAACACUUUAGGCGCUGGAUUGGGAAGUGGGGUUGCUGCAAGGGUUUGUGAAAGAGACCUAAAUGUCUCUUUGUUUCUUUCUGGCCGGUGAUUGAACCCGGGGUGUUGAAGAAUGGAUGCCGGAAGUACAUAGUAUAGUGUAGAGCAGCAUGCCGAUUCAAUAAAAGAAAAAGAAAAAAAACAGUUCAUACGCGACACAAAAAAGGCCCCUCGUCCCGUGUUGAUGAACAGCCCCGUUGGAAAGCCACCCAAUCAUGUCAGCGUAGUCUGGAUGAGCUAGACGUGCUCAAUGACAUCCCAACACACCCGCCGAACAAUGAGUCCGUGUGAAGGAUCAGCGCAAGUGCUAACAUCACUGACAAGCAGAGCCCAAGACGCGGCCCGCCGGGGGGGGAAAGGUCGGGAUGAUGCUGGCGAGAUUUCUCUAUACCCGGCGGGAAAAACGGAGCAGAUCG